CGCCCGGGACCCAGCGGGUUUCCAGAGGCUGUUGCUCGCCCCCUCCUGCCUAAAGAUACGGCUGAUAAGUGCGCAGGCAGCGCCAGCAGCAGGCACAGGUCUGCAUGAGCACGAACACCCACUGGGCUGCAAGGGGCUUUCUCUGCUCCAGGCGGACACUGCCUAGGGCUUGGCCCUGACAGGAAACCUCACAGGCUGGGGGCCAGGGAGCUGCCUGCAGUGCCGCGGCCGCUCGCGGUUGUUUUCGUUUUGCUGUUGCAGGAGCCUGCCGAGACAGCAGCCAGAGGACCCCUGUGAUCUGUCGCGCCGUGAGGUCCGCUGCCUGGGCUUCCCGAGCUCCAGGGACUCGCCUCCUUCGCAUUCCCGGUGGCCGGGGCGGGGGGCGCGCCCAGCUCCCCGUCCCUCUUCCUGCUCGGCUCGCAGCCCCGCAGCCCCGGGGUAACUGCAAUGCCUCCGCCUGCUCUGCGGGCUCCCCGGUCCGCUCCGCCCCGCAGCGCGCCGGGCCCGUGGCCGCAGAGCGGGCUAUGCUAAGGUCUGGGGCCGAGCGACACGAGUUGUUUGGCUGCAUUCUUCCAAUAACAAGUAUAACUGCCGCGGCGGAGCCUGGGCUAGACCCUCCCCGACCCCGGGCCAUUGCUUUGGGCAUAUCAGCGAGAUGCUCCCAGUGGGUUCGUGGUUUCUCUUUGUCAGGCAUUAAUCACCGCAAUCAGGUUGGCUGUUAGGUGAGGUUUGAGCAACAGCGAGAAGGGGCCGGGCAGGGCGGAGCAGGAAAAAGACCUACUUGGGAGAACCCAGCAGCCAGCGCAGUUUCCACACCUCUCCAUGCAGCAGGGAGCAUCACUCAUCCAGAACUAGUGUAAUACGCCUACAAGCAGAGGUCAAGUUUCCCAAAGCCAUUAAAAGCUGAAGAUGGAUAUUAAGCAUGCGAAGGAUUAUCUUUACUGGCUAUACUAUCAAUACCUACUGAUCACCUGUUGCUAUGUGUUGGAGCCCUGGGAGCGAUCCAUGUUCCAUACUAUUUUUAUUACUGUUUUUGCUAUGGUGGUGUAUACAGCUUAUGUCUUUAUCCCUAUCCACAUCCAUUUGGCUUUUGAGUUCUUCUCCCAGUUAUUUGGAGAUCAGCGUGAAAGUACUGUUGCCAUUAUGAACUGAACUUGCCAGGGUUGAUGAUGCAACAGCUACUAUGUGAAAUGUCUUCUUCCAUGUAGGGGUUUUUUGUUUAGAAAAAGGUUUGGGUUUGUGGAAACAAUGCUUCCUCAUACAAAAGCUAGCCUGCACAAUUACCAUAACUGAAAACCAGAAUAAAACCUCACUGUACAGUUCGUAUUUAAAUAAAACACGAGCACAACUUUUAUUCUGUGACUGUGCAACACCGACUUUGGAAUGCAUUACUGAAUAUUCAGCUUACCUACUGAGACUAGUGUUCAUAUGUAGUAGAUCCAUAAUGUAGAGAAAACCUAUGUUCUUUAACAGUUAGCCCUUAUUUCUUUAUUAUACUGUCUAGAAUAAUGAUUUUACACAUAUGGUUUUCACACUCAAUCAGAAUUUAAUUUUACUAGCAUAUAUAAAAAUGUAUUGCAAACAGCAAAAAGUAUUUAUGAUGAUAGUAGGUAGUAUAUUAUACUUUUUGCAUAUAAAAAAGCUUCUCCUCCCAGCAUGGUACACGUGAACUAUCUUGCAAAACCUGAAAUUCUUUUUUGCAUCCUAGUUUACAGUAUAUCAGAAAUGUGAGUCAAAUAUAGCAUGACCCAAGCAGCUGAAGUCCGUCUGUCUUAGUAGUCUGCUAAUUUUUAAAAUGGAUGGUGUCAUGAUAUAAAGGGAUGGUUUACAGCUUUUCUUUUAGAAAAUGAGAAGUCAAGACUAGAUGAGCAUGAAUCCAAUUUUUAGUAUCUAAGCUUCUGCUGCUGGAUUUAUGGUAGUUUAAUUGCGAUGUUUAGAUAAUGUAUUAUACUGUAAGUAAUCUUGCAUUGUACAAAGAAUGAUGUACCAGAUAUUUAGUGAGUCUGACUUUGUUACACUCUACUUUGCUUGUUACAAAAAUCAAGUUUUCCCCUUUCCGCUACAAUUCAUUGGGGAAAGCAAAGCGUGCGUUCGUGCUAAAGGAAGAUGAUCUAGGAAACAGAGUGGAAUUUCCUAAUAAUUGCGGAAUUCUGAAGCAUUUAGAUGGAAGCUUUGAUACAGAGGCCUCCUUUACAAAGGAGAAAUGAGAUUUUUUAAAACUGCCUUUGGGGAGCUUCUUAAACCAUGAAAGCUUUUUAUUGUACAUCUGAAUCAAACGUGAACGCCAAAGAGCAAGCUAUGUAUGCAGAAUACAUACCUCUUGCAACUGACACUACCACUAGGGAAAGUGAGAACCAUAAGAUGUAAAUAGUUUUUGAAGUAUGUUUGCACAAUUACAGCAUGAAGAAAUUUUCUAAUUUUAUUAAGGGGCAUUGGGGUCCUGCGUGAUAGAAAGAAUGACAAAUUCUGAUGUAAAAAUGAGGCUAUGUUUAUAUGCAGUUUUUCA